UAAAUGACAUUUGACUUUUACACAAUGUGUGACAUACAUGGAAAUUGUUGAAAAUUCCUUGGUAAAGUAAUCUAUUAAUUUCUGAUCUGACAUCGUUUUUAAAAGGUUAAAAAUACAAAUAGGAACAUUUUAAACAUCUCAUACAAGUAUGAUAUUAAAUAUAGUUAAAAGAACUUCCAGGACUUCCUUGAAUUUUAUUCAGAUUGCCUGUAGGAACUUAAAUUCCAAAAUACCAGUAUUACCUGUCCCAUCUCUGACUAAUGAAUUUACUUCUACUGUUAAAAUAGAAAGAAAUACAAUUGCACUGUUAGAGCGACUUUCUUUAGUGAGUUUUGACACUGACGAAGGGCUAAACAUUUUAGAAGACUCCAUUGCUUUUGCUGACAAGAUCCUGCAUAUUGAUACCGACAAUGUCGAACCCUUAUAUUCAGUUCUUGAGGACCAGACCUUAAUUCUCAGGGAAGAUAAAGUAACACAAGGAAAUUGUCAAAAAGAAAUACUUAAAAAUGCAGCAGUGACCGAAGAUGACUAUUUCGUUGCACCCAUAGGCAAUAUACCUUUACAUGAAGUUGAAGUUCAGACAGAGUCCACAAAACUAAAACAAAAUGAAAAUUGAAGUAGAGAGGCUGGCGCAAAU